UAAGGGGAAAAAAACCAACUAAAACGAAAACAAACCGAUGCGGCUGAUUAUAAAUAUUCGUUUCAAUGUCUUCCGAGCACUUUGAGGCCAUUCACGAUGUUUUUAGAGUUCGUUAUGACCAUUUGCAGGAGAUCCCCGAGAAGCUCAAGAAUCGUCAUGGAGAGGAAAGAAAGAAGAUUCUUCAUGACUUUGAAGAAAACCACUUGGAGGCAAAUGAAAUGCUUAUACAAAUGGAAAAGGAACUAAAAAGUGCUCCACCAUCUUUUCAAAGAGAGAUGAUAAGCAAGCUGCAUGUGUAUAGACGAGCCCUUGCUAAAUUGCAGACAGAAACAAAAAACAUGUCUACUGGACUGACGUAUGAGAACAGCAAGAAAGGAUUUGCACAUGUGGAAGAUCAAAAUAAUGCUUUUCGGUCACAAAGAACACUUCUCCUUGAUUCCAGCAAAAGCUUGAACAGUGGUACAGACAGUAUAGCUAGAUCUCACCAUUUAGCUGCUGAAACAGAUGCCAUUGGUCACGAUAUUGUGGAAGUGCUUGGUGGUCAGAGAGAGCAACUGGAAAGAACAAAGGACCGACUAAUAAAUACAGGGGAAAAUUUAAGCAAAAGUAGGAAGAUCCUGCGGACCAUAUCUAGAAAACUUGUGACAAACAAGCUUUUGCUUUCCAUUAUCGUCACCUUGGAAUUUGCUAUUCUUGCUGGAUUGGUUUAUUACAAAUUCUUCAGGAAAACCUGACCCUUGCCUGCAAAUAAUAUUCUUCCAGUGAAGAUGAGAGUUAAGAAAUGCCGACCAGAACUCUGCCUAUGAAAACAGAACCUAAAUAAGAUAUUACAUUCCCUGAAAACAUAUUUUCCGGUGUCAGUUCUCAUGACAUAUAAUCGCAGGAAAUGUAUUUUUGGCUACAUAAUGAAUGCU